AUGGACCUGCCAGGGCCUGUCUGGCUGGAGCAAAAUCGUCCUCAGAGGGAUGUCGAGUACUACAUGCACUUGCCGCUUCUAGAACCCUCCCAGCUUGUUGCUAUUGAGCGACAUACAAGUUCCACGCUAGCAGCUUGCGAAGAACGACUUAACUUUCUACAAUCAGAGCCGGCUGCUACCUUUGGCGUCAUUCCUAAGAAUGUCAAGCUCUCCGUCAUUCUCCAAGUCAUGGACGAACGGGUCUUCUCCCUCCUCCAGCACCUUCAGACGACACAGCAGCAAGUCCAGUUUCUGGUCGGAAACGAGCCGGUGCUUGACGGUUACCAGCCUUUUACUCAAGGGCAAGCAGCGCUUGUUCGUGGAAAAAUCGACGAUUUUAUGAAGAAUGGUGAGUGGCCAGCGAAUAUCUUUGAAAGCUUCAAAUCGGCUCUGCAGGAUUCGCUCUUGGAAAAGAUCGUCGUCCUCCUCGGCCCGGAAAUGGAAGAACCCGUGUUGAGCGAAGAGCAGCUGCAGCAUCUGGAGGAUGUCUUGGUCGGAUCACGUGUGAAUCUAACUGUAGCUCUUCUUGACGAAUCGCAUCGCAAGAUGGCCGAGAAGAUCGUCAAUCUUAACCAGAAUCCGUACAAUCGAAUCGUCUCAAGCAACAGCUCUGUGGAGCUCGACGACGUGCGGAAAGUCAAGGCGGAUUCGCAGAGAAUCAUGCAGUUCUGCAAGCAAAUUCGAAACGGAACUUGCUCGAGCACGAAACUGCUGCGAAAAGAAGAGGAGGAAGAGGGUGAGAUGCUGAGCUUUAGACCGGCCCAACAACCGCUCCAACUCGACGUCUUCACCUGGCUGAAAGAAAACAAUCUCCAGGCGAAGAGAAUCGACAUUUUUAAAGCCUUAGACAUCAUCGGCCGACAAGGGAGCACUUAUGUCAAAGUGCUGGAUAAAGAAGUGCAGGCGCGAACUCUUCGAAACACAAAGGGUCUCUUGGAGCUAGAAUUUCCCGACGGCGUCUCCCGAUUCGUCGCCUAUGACAAGCGAAAGUUCGACGAUCUUUUGGAGCAUUUGGGCAAUCAUUUGCGAAUGCUGAAAAUACUCAAAGACGCGCUAAAAAGUACUGGAGUCGGAUUCAUACCAAGGAAACAGGUUACAUUCGUUAUCGACGAGUCGCCUCAGACGCUGGCGUUUAUGGAGAGAUUGGUGACGACCUUCGCGAAUUCAAUGCAACAAAUCAACAUUGUUUCCAGCGUGGUGAGGGAAGACAAUUCGGUGAGCACCUACUCGUGCUCGUACAAAGAUGAGCUGGGGGCUUUCCUCAAAAAUCUGAACGACACUUUUACGAUUCUACGAAAACGCGCGGUCCUUGGCGCCGAAAGUAUUCAGAAUCGUGAGCUUUUUAAAUCGUGGCCGAAAGCAUUGAGCGUCGCGCUACGCGUCGCGAAGACCGAGAACUCGGCCGAAGUCUGUCUCGUGCAUCAUGGAAUCAUCGAACGCAGCGAGAAUCUGGUGGAGAUGAUUGAAGAUGCAAGUGCGACUGGCUUUGAGCCGGUGAUAAGUGCAGUGUCGAUUGAUGUGGAAAUGGAUCAGUUUGUCAAGAGACUGUCCGAAGAGUCAAAUGGGGCGAGAGUCGAGCUCAAACUUGUGAAAAAUAGCCUAAUCCCUCGGGGGAGUUCCGAUUUCGAUCUAAUCGAUCGCGAAGAGGCGACUACCGUGGCGCAAUCGCAGACUCUCAUUGCACUGAAAACCGAAGGAGCUCAAACAGUGGAUAAACCACGCGUCGUCCAAUCGGCGUCUCCCUCGACGCGGAACUUCGAGAAGAGCAAGUCCUCGAUCGAGUCACGCGAAUGGAUCCAGCCUAAGGAUACGAAAAAGACCAAAGCGUAUCAGAGAGCGAUCAAGCAGUCGUACCAUACUAACCGUCCUAACACUACUGCUGGAACCAAACAUCCCCUUCUGCUUCGCGGGUCCAAAGCGCCUGCAAUGCUCCACAAGAGGCAGUUCUACCUCACUGGCGGCACGUGUCUCGAUAAAGGCCAAACGAUGUACUUAGAUGUUUCUGUCAAGCCUCCGCCGGUGAUCCCUUCUUGCUUGAAAAUACCAAAAGAAGAGGAGCAUCUUUCUUCAAAAGAUUGGCUCAAGCGAAAUGGACUCAAGGGUCUGAAAAUAAAUUUGGAAAGGUGGGAGCGUCGCAUCACUCCCGGCUCCAAAGUAUACCGAGGAGUACUGCCGAUUGUGCGGGAUCGCCACUGCGAACUGCAAGUAGCCGAGCUCGAGCAGCUGCAAGUUCUGUCGCUGGAAGCCGCGCGGCGAUAUUUGAAACGGAUUCAGUGGUACCUCGAAGCGCCCCAUCGACUGUGGUUCCAGUCCGUUCAUCCGGCGAUGGCGAGGGGAAACACCGUCGUGUUAAUUGACGGUUCUGACUCAUCUAGACAGUGGAUUUACGAGCUCAUUGCCGCGAUGAGAGGACUUUCGAGAGAUAUCAAGGGAAAACUAAACGUCAUCCUUUUCAACGAUGGAGUCAAAUCGUGGCAGUCAAGCUGUUACGCGAUGAACAACGCUGCUUGCGACGAUCUAGCGCUGUGGAUGAAAUGCUUGAGACCAAACGGUGGGACGAGCGAGCUUUCUCAUGGAAUACGUACGGCUCUUUUGAGCAGAGCGAGCAGAAUCGUUAUCGUUUCCGAUGCCGAGUUCGAACUCGCGCCUGAGACUGUCUUCCAGGAAAUAAUGGACGCGAACAGAGAGCAGAUUCCACUGCACUUUAUUGUGCCGACAAAAGAAUACAGACAGCCGCACCACGAGUUCUAUGGCUACACCAGUUUGAAGACCAAUGUUGAUAAAAUGAUGGCAAUCAUCAAGAAAGUGGCAAAGAUGUACGGCGGAAGCGUUUGCGCACCACCCUCUCCAAGCGCCGCGCAGCUAGUUCUAGAGCGAAUAGCUGCCGCUCAAGCAACUGAAAAGGAUGACUCGUUUUCCCCGUCAGUAUUCAAGAACUGCUCUGAAAUCGUGCAAUUGAUGAAAGAAAUGCGACUCGCCCAGAAAAACGCGCAGCAUUGUCAACAGUGGAUCGAAGCUGCUUCGAAAUGCUAA